GUAGGACUCACUGCACGACAUUCACCUUUUCUUCAUUUGUAUCGUUGAUGAUGGAGCAGCCACAAUCACGAGAGCGACCCCGGAGCGAGGAUGAGAAGACGGCUAGUACCGUCUCAGCCGAGAAGAAGUCAGGGGCGCCUGAUGAGGCUAAGGGCGGCAUGGGCAGCUACGGCCGCGUCUUCAACUAUGCGGAUCGCAACAGUUGGAUACUCAACAUUAUCGCCUUUACUGCGGCCACUGGAGCUGGUGCGGUCUUGCCCAUGAUGGACUUGAUUUUUGGCAAGUUCGUCACGGCCUUUACUGGAUUUGCAACCGGAACCAGUACACCAGCGCAAUACCGUUCUAUAGUGAACAGGUAUACUCUUUACUUUGUCUAUCUGUUCGUGGCCAAGUUCGGUCUUGUUUACAUUCAUUCGGUCUGCAUAUCCAUUGCAGCUAUACGAACUACCAGGGCACUUCGAAUCGACUUCAUCAAGCACGUCCUGCGACAAAACAUUGCCUACUUCGACUCGGACUUCGCUGCCUCUGUCACAACCCAGGCUACUACCAAUGGCAAUACUAUCAACAACGGCAUUUCCGAAAAGCUUACCUUGACCAUCCAGGGUGCAGCCACGUUUGUGGCAGCAUUUGCCAUUGCCUUCGCCGUGCAAUGGAAGCUCACCCUCAUCACCGUCUGUAUUGUUCCGACCAUCCUUGUUGUCAUGACCGUCAGUGUGGGCAUCGAUACCAAGCAUGAGGCACAAAUGCUCACCAUACAAUCCAAAGCUGGCAUGCUUGCUGAGGAGGUGUUUUCGACAAUCCGUACAGUGCAUGCUUUCUGGCUGCACCCACUGCUAUCGCGCAAGUACGACAAGUUUCUUGGAGACGCCAUGGAGGUCGGCAUGAAGAAGUCUCCAAACUACAUGGUCCUCUUCUCGACUGAAUUCUUCUGCAUUUACAGUGGCUAUGGGCUUGCCUUCUGGCAAGGUAUUCGAAUGAACGCCAGCGGUGAGAUCAAGGAAAGUGGCGAUGUCUUCACGGUCAUCAUGGCUAUCAUUGUAGCCGCAACCGCCAUGACUACCAUUGCGCCCCAGAUCCUUGCACUGUCCAAAGCAUCGUCGGCAGCUGAGGAGCUGUUUCAGACCAUCGACCGACAAUCCGAGAUUGAUCCUUUGAGCGACGAGGGCAAGGUGCCGACAACAUGCCAUGGCGUCAUUGAGAUCAAAGAUAUUGCCUUUGCAUACCCAGCAAGAUCUGAUGUCCCAGUUCUCAAAGGCCUGACCCUAUCGGCACCUGCCAACAAGACUACAGCCCUUGUUGGACCCAGCGGCAGUGGCAAGUCCACUAUCAUCGGUCUUCUAGAACGCUGGUAUGACCAGUCUAGUGGGACAAUAUACCUUGAUGGCACCGAUAUCCGAGAGCUCAACCUCACCUGGCUUAGGACCAAUGUUCGAUUAGUACAGCAAGAGCCGGUCUUGUUCUCAGGCACGGUGUAUGAGAAUGUUGCAUUUGGCCUAUUUGGAACCGACAAGGCGAAUCUCCCGGAAGCCGAACAGCGUGCUUUAGUCGAGCGUGCUUGCAAGAAUGCGUACGCUGAAGAGUUCAUCGAACGACUGCCCAAGGGUUAUGACACUCAGCUUGGUGAGCGUGCGAUGAAUCUCUCCGGUGGACAGAAGCAAAGACUCGCCAUUGCACGCAGUAUCGUUUCCGAACCAACAGUAUUAUUACUUGACGAGGCCACGAGCGCCCUAGACCCCAAGGCAGAGAAGAUCGUGCAGCAAGCGCUCGAUCGUGUCUCGAGUGACCGAACAACGAUCGUCAUCGCGCACAAACUUUCAACUAUCCGUAAUGCAGACAACAUCGCUGUUAUGGCCAACGGUCUUUUGGUCGAGCAGGGCACACAUGAGAACCUCCUAGAACGCGAUGGUGCUUAUGCUCGACUUGUCAAAGCCCAAGAUCUCGGUCCAAGCCAAAGCGAAGAGCCCGUGGAUGUGGAUGACGAGAAGGCUGCAGAGAAGGUAGCGCUUGUGCGAACGCAGACUCAAGCUUCAGGAAUCGGUCAAGAUCCACAGAAGUCGGUGAAGGAUGGCAUCAACUUCAACCUUAUGCAGUGCAUUUGGAUCCUGUUGAAGGAGCAAGACCGCGUACUAUGGAAGUGGUUCGCUCUAUUGGUCGUUGUGAUUAUCGGGGGUGGAGCAACCUUCCCUGCCCAGGCCAUCUUGUUCGCAAGAGUGGUAGAAUCCUUUCAGCUUACGCCUGAACGAGCUGUGAAGCAGGGCGACUUUUAUUCACUAAUGUUUUUCGUCGUAGCCCUUGGCAAUUUGCUUGUCUAUGGUGCUAUGGGGUGGGCAAGCAAUGUCGUCACGCAAAACAUCUCGAGAAGAUAUCGACGUGAGAUCUUCGAACUUGUUCUCAAGCAGGACAUGGCUUUCUUCGACGACCCAGACAAUGCAAGCGGCGCUUUGGCCUCAAAUCUCUCGAACCAUCCAACGAACAUCCUGGAGCUCAUGGGGUUCAACCUCUCGACUAUCUUGAUCAGUGUAGUCAACGUGAUUUCCAGUUCCAUUUUGGCCAUUGUAGUCGGUUGGAAGCUGGGUCUAGUUGUUGUUUUCGGAGCUCUACCACCCCUCAUCUUUUCCGGAUACCUGAGAAUACGACUCGAAUUCAAGCUCGAAGAGGAUACCGGCAAACGUUUCGCUAGUAGCGCUGCUCUAGCAGCCGAGGCCGUAUCCGCCAUCCGGACAGUAUCCAGCCUUGCACUUGAGCGACAUAUUCUGGCCAGGUAUGAGGAGCGUCUCCGUGGCGUUGCUCAGAAAUCCAUCAAGGCUUUGGGUUACACCAUGUUCUGGUACUCCCUGUCUCAGUCUAUCAACUUCCUCGCCAUGGGCCUUGGCUUUUGGUAUGGUGGUCAACUCAUCAGUACUGGUGAGUACAACAACACUCAGUUCUUCACUGUCUUCAUUGGCGUGAUAUUCUCGGGAGAGGCCGCGGCUUCGUUCUUUUCAUACACGACUAGCCUGACCAAGGCCGCCACUGCCGCAAACUACGUCUUCUGGCUACGUAGACAAGCGCCUGCCGUUCAAGAGGAUUCAUCGAAGCCGCCUUUUGACAACGGUGAGGACAGAGGGCCAGCGCACGUCGAAGUACAGGAUGUCGCUUUCGCAUAUGCGUCUCGACCACACGCGAAGGUCCUAGAGGGCAUUGAUGUCGAUGUACGUCCGGGCCAAUUCAUCGCUUUCGUCGGUGCAAGUGGGUGCGGAAAGUCCACGAUGAUCUCCUUACUCCAAAGGUUCUACGAUCCCAUUUCAGGGCGCGUAGCUUGCGAUGGCCAUGAUCUCACGGAGCUAUGUCCCCGCAAGUAUCGAAGAGAUGUCGCUCUUGUCCAGCAGGAACCGGUCCUCUAUCAGGGAACUGUGCGCGACAACAUUGCUAUGGGUAUGGAGACGGAAGUCACAGACGCCCAAAUCGAAGCCGCAACUAAGAACUCCAACAUCCACGAGUUUGUCGCAUCGCUACCCGAAGGCCUUGCAACCAUGUGCGGUAACCGAGGUGCACAACUGUCUGGCGGUCAACGGCAGCGCAUUGCUAUCGCCAGGGCUCUGAUACGGGAGCCGCGUCUGCUUCUUCUCGACGAAGCCACUUCCGCAUUGGACACCGAGUCUGAGAGGGUAGUUCAGACUGCGCUCGAGAAGGCGAAGAGCGGACGCACGACAGUCGCGGUGGCUCACCGUCUCAGCACGAUCAAGGACGCGGACAUGAUCGUUGUUUUCGCCAGGGGACGGAUCGCGGAGAGAGGCACACACAAGGAUUUGCUUGCGCAGAGGGGUGUAUAUUACGAGAUGUGCCUGGGUCAGAGUCUAGACAAAAGUAUUCCUGCAUAGACUUCCUAAUUUGGGAACUUAGAUAUGCGGUCUUGGGACCGUUCGUUACACUAGAUUGGUGUUUGCUUGUUAUGCAUUAGCAUUGUAAUUAAUCAUAGAUAGCUCUAGAUGAGCUUUACAGCCUUCGUUUCUUUCUCGUAGAAUAGAGAUCCUAUUCCACACUUACUUGACUGAAG